AAACCGCUUCAUUUUGAAAAUUCACAAACCAAUAGUGAAAAGAGACAGAGAGGGAAAAAGAAGAAGAAAAGAAAAAGAAAAUUGCAAAAAGCGAAACCGAAAACCAAAUCCGAAGAGUGAAGGUUCGUUGAAUCCCAUGGCGAGAGUGAAGCACACGCCAGCUUCUCGCAAAUCCGCUAAAAAGCAAGCGCCACGCGCAUCCACUUCCACGCAGCCGCCACCACAAUCCCAAUCGCCUGCAACUAGAGAGAGGAGGAGAGCUCAACAAGUGGAGCCGCAGCAGGAGCCUGAGGCUCAGGGAAGGAAGAAGAGGCGCAAUAGGUCGGGAACUGUGGCGCUUCGUGAGAUUCGGCAUUUUCAGAGGAGUUGUGAGCUUCUCAUCCCGGCUGCUCCCUUUAUCAGAUGUGUCAAACAGAUUACAAAUCAAUUCUCUACGGAGGUGUCUCGUUGGACACCUGAAGCUGUGGUAGCACUUCAAGAGGCAGCUGAGGAAUAUCUGGUUCACUUAUUUGAAGAUGGAAUGCUCUGUGCAAUUCAUGCAAGGCGUAUUACUCUUAUGAAAAAGGACAUUGAGUUGGCCCGGAGGCUUGGAGGAAUAGGAAGGCCUUGGUGAGUGGACGAUACUAGUAGAAGACCAUUGGUUCUUUUGUUUGUAAAAGUUCACACAGUAGGGGGAUUUCAAUGAAGGGAGGCAUUGGUGCUUCUGUACUCCGCACUCUAAUUGCAGUGAUUAUUUGAUAUUAAAUGUUAGGAACUAGACACUAACUAAUGUAUGCCAAUGGUUAUAUCUCUGUAGGUGAAACAACCAUUAUAGAAUGGUUGCUACUAUAACUUUAAAUUGAUGAGUGAGGUAAUAGUGUAACAUUGUAGCAAUGAAGUAUUCUAAGAUUAUUGCCAUUCAUGUUGACUUUCUGUGGUAGAAGGAA